GCUCGCAAAGCAUUUCUUUUUUUGUCAUUCUCGAAACCAGAGCAGAGCAGAGCAGGGAACGAGAGAGAAACAGAGAGAAAUGGUCGGACCGGAGAGAGCGCAGUUCGUGCUGUUCGGCUCGUCGAUAGUCCAGCUCAGCUUCGGCAACGGAGGAUGGGGUGCGUCCCUCGCCGACCUGUACGCCCGCAAGGCAGACAUAAUCUUGAGGGGGUACUCCGGAUGGAACUCGAGGCUCGCACUUGAAGUCCUGGAAAAAGUGUUUCCAAAGGAUGCAGCCACACAACCAUCCCUGGUGAUCGUCUAUUUUGGCGGAAAUGACUCAAUGCGACCUCACCCAUCUGGUCUUGGCCCUCAUGUACCGCUUCCUGAGUAUAUCGAGAACAUGAGGAAGAUUGCCAAAUAUCUCAAGCAGAGCCUGUCGGAUUGUACACGCGUCAUUUUUCUUAGUGCUCCACCUAUCAAUGAGGAGAAAAUUCGCGAAUCUUUGAGCGAUAAGUUUCAAGAUCUAGGUCGAACAAACGAUGCAUGCCGAGUAUACUCGGAGGCCUGUUUAAAGCUGUGCAGGGAGAUGAACAUCAAGGCUGUUGAUCUGUGGACUGCAAUACAGAAGAGGGAUGAUUGGGCUACGGCAUGCUUUACGGACGGUAUCCAUUUCUCCUCAGAGGCAAGUGAGAUCGUGGUGGAGGAAAUACUGAGAGUUCUCAAAGAGGCUGACUGGGAACCGAGUCUUUAUUGGGAGUCGAUGCCUGCUGAAUUCGGAGAGGAUUCACCUUAUUACCCGGUAGGUCCCGACGGCAAGACCACCGUGAACCUGUCAGAUAGCAAUCUCCUCAUGAGUAACCCUGUAGUAAAUACUCAAAAACGACUUCGUUUGAAGUAGAGCUCUGCUUGUCACAACAAGAGACUAUCGGAGACUCUGAGAGCAGAGAGCAAUUUCAACUGCUUUCAAUUGGGUAUUUUGUCCUCCUAAUCCGUGCUCCUUCCUGGAUUUGUAUUCCAUUGGCCGGCAUAAAGAAAUAAGCACAAAGAACGGAGAGAGAAACUGACGUUUGAUGCCAAGCAUGUCCCCAUUUUACAUUUGAUGAUCGUGGUACAGCUUUGGUAUGCCUGAUGCCCCCUAGUUCAGGCCACGAUAAGAUUUGCCUUUUUAGUUCAUGAACAAUGUACACGCAUGGUAGCUCUCAGACAAGGCAAGCAAAACGAAAAGCCUUGGAUUAUUCCAGGACCAGUUAAUCAUUUGCUUGUGCCUUUAUCCAA